CCACUUCCAUUGAUUCCCUGUGAGUUUUAUCUUCUCACUCCCUGGUUUCUCUUUAUACCAGUUUGUAUUUUUCUCUUUUCUUCUCUCAUCUUCCAUCUCUCUCUCUCUCUCACACUCUCUCUCACCCUUAUUAUCAUCCUCAUCCUCAUCAGAUGAAUACAUAUUAUUACAAUUAGUUAAAUACAUUUAUCUUCAUCUUGCCUCAGUUUAAAAUCUUAUGUGUUCGUGUCACUCAUCUUAAACCUUUUUCUUGUCUUCAUUUAAUUGUCAUUGAUUACCUUUGAUUAUAUUCUGUUAAUUUGACUUUGAUGGUGAGACUUGAUUUACAGUUAAUUGUUACCCGAUCACUUGGAUCAUGUCGAUUAUCAGUAAUCUAAAUUGUCCUUCUUUCCUGGUCUCAUCUGUUUUCAUGGUUCCCUUGAUUGUUCAAUUGUUGAUUAUCAGCCAAUCUUGUUAUUUAAUUGAUUGCCUCUCAUUGACUGAAUUACACUCAACGUUGCCUUCCAAUCAAAACAAUAAUCGAUUCAAAUCAAGAUUAUCACAAGAGAAAUCAAUUCGUGAUGUUAUCCGUAAUUUAAAUCAUCUUCAUCAUCAGAAAUUAGCAAAUAAUAGAGAUUCAAUUAUUAAUAGUAACAAUUAUCAUCCACAGUCAAUAAUUGGUAAUAAUUAUGAUUUAAUUGUUGAUGAUUUUGAUAAUCAUCUAAAUCAACAGUAUCUUCCUGGUCUUCCAGUUACUAAUGAUGAUUAUGAUGAUAUUAAUUCACCAGCAAAUAUACCCAAUUAUCUAAUUGUUAAAUCGCCAACAAUUAACGGAAUCAACAAAAGACAAGAUGAAGUUGUUAUGGAUAUCCCAUUAGAGUAUACAUCUGAUAUUCCGUAUGAAUUUUAUCCUGAGUUGUGGCCUUCUAAUCAACAAAGAUCACCUUCACUCAAGGGUAAGGUUGACGAAAGUGAUGAUUUAAGUUCAUCGGAUGUACUUUUCCAAGUAUUAGCGACCAAAAUUGCUAAACUCUUGAAAUCAGAAUCAAAUGAACAUAAUCCUCAACGAAAACGCGUUUUGGUUAAGCGAAAUCAUCGAAGUGGUUUAUCAGGUAGUCCAAGUGCUGGAGGUAAUCAUCGAGCUCGAUCUUCGAGAGUAGCACCACAUUUGUCAGGUAAACCGCAUCUUCGAACAAACAACAAACCAAUAACCGAUUCGAAACACCGAUUGUCGUCAUCAUCGUCACCGAACCAUGGGCUUAGUGAAGAUUCAAAAUUAAUUUCGAGAAAAUUUGGAGAUAGUAAGAAGGUUAAAUUCAACAGGAUUCCGUUAAAAUCAACGCUCGUUGGUCAUCAACCGGUCAAAGGUGAUUUCGCUAAAUUAGUGAAUGGUAAAGCGGUUCAUGUAGCACCAAUGAUGAUCCAUUCAAAAGUAAUUAACUCAACUAUUCUAAAUCAUAAAGAAUCGGACAAAAUUAAGAAGAAACAACCAUUCAUUUCGAAAAAUUUCCGUAAAACUGAGGCCACUACACAUCGGAGUCCAACUCUUAACCGAAAAGAGAAACGAGACUCUAACCCUUUAGGUCUCCAAUCAAAGAGUAUGAAAGAGUUUUUCAAUGAGAUCGAUUUACCGAAAAGACCUAAAAGCUUAGCUAAAAGAUCAAUUUCUUCCCGAUCUCCGGGUGAUUCCAUUGAUUUUGGAUUGAGACAAGAUGAUGAUUCGAUUGAUGGUUACAUUAGUAACGUUAAUGACUCGGAUGAUGAUGAUGAUGAUGAUUCUCUUGAUGGGAAUAAUGGUGGACGAGGAGAGGCUGAUAUUGAAUCAGAAAUUAAUGAAGGUGAAUUUAGAUCAUCAUCACCAAUGGUACUUCAAUCAAAUCCAUGGUUAGUUGAUGAAGCAACUCGAACAUUAAUGAGAUCGUUGACAGUUAAACGACGGAAAAGAGGAAACAUCAACAAUCAAGAUGAUCAAUUGACAUUAAUUGGUUACGAUGAUGAUGAAGAGAUGAGAACCUCUCCCACCACAACCACCACCUCAAUAGGAGAUAAAGAUGAGGAUGUUCAUUCAAAUAGUAAAAAUAGUAAUUAUGACCAAUUGAAGAUAAAUGAGAUCGAUGAAUCGACAACUAGUUCAUCAGGUAAACCACAAUUAACGGAGAUCAUUGAAUUUGAAGAUAUCGAUGAGAUUCCAAGAAUCGUCAAGAAAGAUGGUGUCACCUUGACCGAAGGUCACCCGGAUAUUGAUCAAGACGAAAACGACAAAAUUAACAAUGAGAAAAGAUCAAACCAAGAAUUAAUAAGCAAUGGAUCACAAUUAAAAUCGACCAUAGUAGUUAAAAGUCUUGUAGAUGGAUUAGAUUCUGAUGGAGACAAUGAAACACUUUUGGAAGAGGAUUUUUCUGAAGGAUUAAUUUCCAUUGGUGAUCUUGAUGAUUUAGACAAAUUGAACAAAAAUAAUUCACAAUUAAACAGUAAAAACAAUGAUGAUGAUGAUAUGAAUGAUAAAAAUAACAGUAAACCAACUGAUCCAAUUGGAUCAACUUCACCACCAACAUGGUUGACCAUUGUUGAUGUAGAUCAGAUCAAUGGAGCUGAUGAUCAAAUUGUCAAUGGUUCUAUUGAUUCUGAUGAUCAAUUGUUGAUGGAAACAAUUAGCAAAGGUCUUUAUGUUAACAAUAAACGUAAACGCAGUAUAACGGGUGAUCCCUAUUUCGGUAAAGUUGGUGGUCAGGAACCAUCGUCAUUAUCGUUACCGGUGUCAUCGUUGGUCGCUCAAGAAGCGGAAAAAUUUAUUGAUGUAGAUGAUAAACUGGAGCGAAUUGAGGAAACCUUAAUUUUGGAAGCUUUAGAUUUGAUUAAGGGAAAUCUUAAUGGUCAAACUGGUCAAUUAGUGUCCGAUGAUGAUAACUUUAAACGUCGAAUUGAGUCCCGAUUAAAUGCCGCUUAUGAUUUGGAGGAUAUGAGAUUAGCUCUAACUGAUUUACAUAAGAUAAUGCAGAAAAUUUCAAACGAAGAUGAAAAUAAUGAUGAAACUAUUGAUCGACAAUUGGAUAAUUACAAUGAAAUUGACGAUGGACCUGAGGGUCAAGAGGUUUUCCUUGAUUCCAUUGAUAAACUUUCCAUCUCUACUAAAUUGGAUUCUGAAGAUGGUGAUGAAGAUGAUGGUCAACAGAAUCUCAAAGGUGAUACUGGAAUAAGAAACAAAGAAAUUGGUCAUCUGAAAAUCUUCCCAUCAAAUUUAACUCCAAUUAAUCAUCGUCAUCCAACAACAAUUAACAAAAAUCAUCAUUUAAAUCAAAUUAAAAUGGAUGAAUGUCCAGCAGUUCGAGCACUGACCACUGAUUGUUCAACCGUUAAAGAUGUUGUCCCUUUUGGUUCAUUGGAAAAGAUUUUCGGACAAGCUUGUAAUUGGCAUGAAGUUUGUUAUUCAUGUGGUGAAUUGUUUGGACUUUUGUCAAGCGAUUGUGACAUGGGAUUCCUGGAGCAAAGUCGCCUUGCUUGUAACGAUUCGGCCUCAUGUGAGACCGCAUCUCGAUUGAUCUUAAUGCCGUUAAAAUCCCGACGCACUUUUUACAAACAAAAAGUACCUUCGAUCUGCUAUCAACAACCUUGCAUCGAAAACUUUUUACUCCAAUCAAGGCGAAAACGUUAAUUGUUUGAAUGAUCAUCGUCACAAUUUAAGCCUGAAAUCAUUUCCUUACAACUCAUUUAACUUUCCUUUGCUAAUUCCCGUUAAUUGUUCAUUAUCAUUCAACUAAUUCAGUUUCUCCAUAUCUCAUCCUAAUCAUUUAUAUUGAUGUUCAUCUACAAUUAGCUAAUUGUUUAAGAUUUUUAUUCACAUUUCGUUGAGUUAAUCCUUCAUCCAUAUUGAUAAUUAAAGUUUUAAUUGAAUUGUCAUACUGAUCUUCAUUUUAAUCAACUAAUUUGAUCGUUGAAAUGUAUAAAAAUUUAAAUUGUUUAAUGUUUAAAACAAUUAAUAUGAAAUAAUAUCUAAUUGUUAUGUAAGUUAAAGUUAUUUUGAGAUUUAAUUGUAACUCUCAACAAUUUGGAUAAAAAAUAUGUAAUCAAAUUAUUAGCAUUUAUUUAAUUGUCUUUCAUAAUAAUUAAUUAUUAUCAUCAUCAUGUUAAUCAUCAAUCAAUUGCCAUUGAAACAACAAUUUAUUUAAAUUGUUUUCUGUUCAACAAUUUAUUUAAAUGGAUCACUUUUUUUUAAUCACCAAAUCUAAUUUAAAUCCUUUCAGUUAUAAUCAUAAUUAUAAUCAACUGUCACAAUUAAAUAUUUAUAUUAUUUAUCAUUG